AUGGCUAACGCAUUCCUUCCUGCCCAACCAUGUUCCAGGAUUUAUCUUACAAUAAAAGCCAAGAAACUAAAGGACAAGGACACCUUUUCGAAAAGCGACCCUCUCUGUGUUGUUUACCAAUACACCAAGAAUCCUGAUCGAAAUGGUGAAUGGACAGAGCUAGGACGCACGGAAGUGGUCUGGAACUGCUUGAACCCAGAAUUCGCAACGAAAAUCCUUUGCGACUACUUAUUCGAGGAACGUCAGAUGGUGAAAUUUGAAUUAUACGAUGUAGACAGCAAGUCAAGCGAUUUGUCCAAGCAUGACUUUCUUGGAUACAUGGAAUGUCAUCUGGCCGAAAUAGUCGGAGCACGCAUCUUCACCAAGGAACUGGGUGGUCUCCGAGGAUACUGCGGUGCGAUCACAAUCUCCGCGGAAGAGGUCGACGAAGGAGCAAGAGAAGAGGCAGAAUUCCACAUGCGAGCUUCAAAACUGGAUAGAAAGGAUAUUUUUGGAUCAUCUGACCCAUUCCUUAGGAUAUACAGAAUAAUUGAGGAUGGAAGCCGUCAGCUUACUCAUCAAACAAAGCACUUGAAUAGAACGCUAAAUCCGGAAUGGAGCAUAUUUCGUGUCAAUUUACAAAUGUUAUGUGGAGGAAAUAAGCAGAGACCGUUCUUGAUAGAAUGUUGGGAUCAUGAAAGCAAUGGGAGUCAUCAGUUCAUUGGCUCGUGUAUGACUUCAGCUGAAGAAAUCCUCUCUGGGCGAAAAACUUCAAUUCCUCUUUUCCAUGGAGGAUCCCGCGGUGGACUACUGUGUUGUGUUUCACAUCGGAACUCUGGCAUUCUUCACUUCACUCAUUUCCAGAUUAUCGAACGAUAUACAUUCCUGGAUUUCAUACAAGCAGGAACUCAACUUGAUUUCACGGUGGCAAUCGACUUGACAGCUUCGAAUGGGGAUCCAAGAAAGCCGAGUUCCUUGCAUUACAUUAGUAACAAAGCACCAUCUCAAUAUGAAGUUGCAAUCAGAGCUAUGAUUGAUAUUUGUCAAUAUUACAACAAGGCAAACAUUUUCAACGCUUUCGGAUUCGGUGCCAUCAUUCCUGGUCAAAGAAAAGCUUCGCCCAUUUUUAAUCUGAAUCUCUCCCAUAAUGGGGAAGCCUUUGGGCUGCAAGGCGUUCUAGAAGCGUACCACCAAUGCGUCCCUAUGGUACAACUUUACGGUCCCACCAAUUUCGCACCAGUUGUGUUGGAUGCGGCGAAAAGGGCUUCAGAAACUCUUGAUGGAACUCGCUAUCAGAUUCUGCUAAUAAUCACAGAUGGAGCGAUCUCCGACAUGGCGAAUACUAAGAGAGCCAUCAUUGGUGCGUCAUUUCUUCCACUUUCUAUCAUUAUUGUUGGUGUUGGAAAUGAGGAUUUUGAGAGCAUGGAAGAACUGGACUCAGACGAUUCGCUCCUUGCUUUUGAAGGCAGACAAGCUCUAAGGGAUAUUGUACAGUUCGUUCCGUUGCGACAAUUCCUCCGUGGACCAGUCACUGGUGUGGAAAGCGAAAGAGUAAUGUGGUUGUUAGCGAAGGAAGUUCUAGCAGAAGUCCCCCUUCAGCUUACAUCCUACAUGGAACUGAACCGUAUCUCACCGCUAAAACAGACAGAUGACACCGACGGCUUGGAAAUGACCUUCACGGCAAACCUACAAGACCGCGAGCAUCACUAUCCAUAUCCCACUGCACCUCCUGAUGCCUGA